AUGCGUUUCUCCGCCGUGACCAUUGCCUCCCUCGCCACGCUGGCCGUGGCCUCGCCCGUCAACAAGCGUGCCCCCGAGUCCUCCGUCCCGUCCUGGGUCUGCGACUACUGGCCGAGCGUCUGCAACGGCAACAGCACCGGCAGCGGCGCCGCCACCACCCCGACGCCCACCCCCGUGACCGAGGCCGCCGUCGGCGCCACGACGCCCGAGCCCACCACCGCCACGGCCGCCGCCACGAGCACCAGCACCGGCGCCGCCUCGUCCGGCAACGAGUGGGUGACGCUGCACAACAACUACCGCGCCAAGCACGUCGACACGCCCAACGUCGAGUGGGACGACGCCCUCGCCGCCGGCGCCAAGGAGCACUCGGAGAAGUGCGUCUUCGAGCACUCGUCUUCCGAUGGUGAUUACGGCGAGAACCUCGCCAUGGGCUCCGGCCUCACCGCGCAGCAGACGGUCGACAUGUGGUACGACGAGAUCUCCGACUACGGCCCAUACUGGGGCAAGGACGACGUGCCCAUGUCCGUCAUGCACUUCACCCAGGUCGUGUGGAAGAAGACGACCAAGGUCGGCUGCGGCGUCGCGAGCUGCUCGGAUGGCAGCCUGGUCACUUGCCGCUACCAGGAGUCGGGCAACUACCUCGGCGAGUUUGCCGCCAACGUCGGCGAGUUGAAGUCGUCGUCGUAA